CAUCACUAUCGUCAUUCUGCUCGAAAUUGUCCCUCAAAUUUAGAGAUUUUUAUUUUAUUUAUUGGAUUGUUGUUAAUAUAGAAGCGUAAACGAAUUGCCACUGCCAAAAUAUAGAAUAUGACUGACCCGAGCAAAUUGUCCGUUGCUGUGGUCUGUUCAUCGAACAUGAAUCGCUCCAUGGAGGCGCACAAUUUCCUAGCGAAAAAGGGCUUCAACGUGCGCUCCUAUGGCACCGGUGAACGGGUCAAGUUGCCCGGCAUUGCCUUCGACAAGCCGAAUGUUUACGAAUUCGGCACCAGCUACGAGCACAUCUAUCGCGACUUGGAGUCCAAAGACAAGGAAUUUUACACACAGAACGGUUUGCUGCACAUGCUCGACCGUAAUCGGCGCAUUAAGAAAUGCCCCGAACGCUUUCAAGAGACCAAAGAACAAUUUGAUAUUAUCAUUACGGUGGAGGAGCGAGUCUACGAUCUGGUUGUGCUUCACAUGGAGUCUAUGGCUGCCGUCAACAAUCGGCCCGUCCACGUUCUCAACGUGGAUGUCGUGGACAACUCUGAGGAUGCAUUGAUGGGUGCAUUUCUAAUUACCGACAUGCUUAAUCUGAUGGCUAAAUCAAACGAUAUCGAUAACGACAUCGAUGAGAUGAUACAGGAGUUUGAGGAGCGACGAAAUCGGGUGAUCCUGCACUCGGUGCUCUUUUACUGACAGCCGAGGUUUGGUCACGGCACACUUCCAAACAAUCACCUGCGUUUUAUAACAACAACAACAACAACAACAAGAAAUCAUUGCAAUCAUCGACACAACAACAAAAGAUACAAAAAUAAGACGAUUGCGCUUAUCGAAAUGAUCGAGACUAUGAGAAUUGUAAAUAGGAAGAGCAACUCGAUUAAUGUCGUCAACAACAACAACAACAACAUACAUACAUGUUGAGCUUAAGACAGCACUAUACACUAAAGUCGAAUUUGCAAAAGCGAUACAAUAAAAUUGUAAUAUAC